AUGCGUGUCCCCGUCCCAUUGACCAAUCCUGCGGAAGCUUUGCAGCAUUUGGCAGAUCCUUUAAAAUGGAUGAUGGAAGAUGACGGCUACGAAGACUACGUGCCGAUCAAAAAGCGUAAGGCUGCCAUGAAGGAGAAGCUCGUCUCGGACAGGCAGAAGGAGAGACGAGAAGAAGCCGAGCGCGUGAUGCGGGAACGGCUCGCCGAGGAGAAGAAGAAGCGGGGCAUUGCGAACUCGUUACUGGCGGUCUCCGCGAAGCUGAAGGCUGAAGAGGAGGCCAACAAGGACUCCAGAGAACAAGCCAUCAAGGAGAGCAUCAAGAAUGAAGAGGAUCAGCUCUUGGAGCAAGUCCAGCUUCAGAUGAGCACUCCUUUGAUGUCCGUACGUGAACGCGCCAAAGGUAUCAUGUACACCGAAAGGAUGCCAGCCAUCGGCGAGUGGCGGCCCAUCAAGAAAUAUCGUGACCUCCCAGAAGAGGAGAGGGCCUCCAUUAGGGAGAAGUACUUCAUCGAGGUGAAUGGGAAGGACAUCCCUGCGCCCAUCAAGCGCUUCGAGGAGAUGCGCUUGCCGCGUGGAAUCCUUGAAGGCCUAAAAGCCAAGGGUAUCAUGCGGCCAACGCAGAUCCAGAUGCAGGGCAUACCUUGUGGCUUGAUGGGCCGAGACAUCAUUGGAAUUGCCUUCACAGGCAGCGGAAAGACGCUGGUGUUUGGCCUCCCGAUGAUCAUGUCUGCCUUAGAGCAAGAGCUCAGGGCCAAGGUUCAGCCCACGGAGGGGCCCUUUGGGCUCAUUAUCGCGCCCUCGCGAGAGCUGGCGCACCAGACUUACGAGGUGAUCGAGUUCUACACCGACCACCUGGCCGAGUACCAUCGAGAGUUUCCCAAGCUCCGAUCUGUGCUGACGAUUGGCGGCUUGAGCACCGGGACGCAGGCGAUGGCCAUCAAGAAGGGGUGCCACAUGGUGGUGGCCACUCCAGGCCGCUUGAAUGAUCUGCUGAACAAGAAAAAGAUGUCGCUGGCACAGUGUCAAGUCCUGGUCCUGGACGAGGCCGAUCGCAUGAUCGACCUGGGAUUCGAAGAGGAGAUCCGAAACACCUUGGACCACUACCGAGGCCAGCGGCAGACCCUGCUCUUUAGUGCAACCAUGCCCAAGAAGAUUCAGGAUUUUGCCAAGACUGCCCUGGUGGAUGCCGUGGUCAUCAACGUGGGUCGCGCAGGCGCCGCUAACUUGGAUGUGAUCCAAGAGGUGGAGUAUGUGAAGCAAGAGGCCAAGCUGGUGUAUUUGCUGAAAUGUUUGCAGAAGACACCGCCGCCUGUCUUGAUCUUUUGCGAGAACAAGUCUGACGUGGACGAUGUGCACGAGUAUCUGUUGUUGAAGGCGGUCGAGGUAGUGGCGAUCCACGGCGGCUUGGACCAGGAGGAGCGCCACGAGGCGAUCCGAUCCUUCAAGGAAGGCUCCAAGGACGUGCUCAUUGGCACGGAUGUGGCGUCGAAAGGAUUGGACUUCCCCGCCAUUCAGCACGUGAUCAACUUUGAUAUGCCAAAGGAGAUCGAGAACUAUGUGCAUCGCAUUGGUCGAACUGGCCGGUGUGGCCGAACUGGUGUGGCGACUACCUUCGUGAACAAGAACCAAGACGAGACCAUUUUGUUGGACUUGAAGGCCUUGCUGCUCGAAGCUGGUCAGCACGUGCCACCCUUCCUCAUGCAGCUGGACUCCGCGGCCGGAGGACGAGAGGAGGAAGAGAUUGGUGGCGUCAAGGGCUGCGCUUAUUGCGGUGGCUUGGGCCACCGGAUUUCCGAUUGCCCCAAGCUGGAGACCACGCGGCAGAAGACCACCUCCGCCACCAAGGACUACCUCACCACCGGUGCGGCUCGCUAUACCGGUGCCGAAGGCUACGCCGGCGAUUGGUGA